AUGGCUGGAAAAACCGCCGCGCAAGAAGAAUUCGAUAGCAUUAUCGCUAAAGCCUCCGCGAGGGAACAUCACAAUCAUCCAGACGACGAGAGAGAUUAUAGUUUCGAUAGGGAAAAUAGUGAUAUAGACGAAGAAGAAGAAUAUCAUAAUAGGAAUAUUGAGGAGAAUAUGAAGAUGCCGUUGUUUGAUCGGUCGAAUUCGGGGGGGGUGAACGGUUUGAGUGAACCGUUGAGGUUGCCGCAUAGGGAUUUUGAUAGUGGGAGGUCCACGGGGGUUAAGGGGGUGAUUGCUGAUGCGAGGAGUUUUGAGGAGGCGAGGAGGUCGGGGGGGUGGAGGGGGAAGUUGAGGGGGAGUGGGAAUGUGAAUGCGAAUGCGAAUUCGAUUACUCAGGGGCCGAGGAGGUCGAGGUCGGCUUCGGGGUCGGGGUCGGAUGGGGGGUUGAGUGAUGAUGAGGAGUUUUUGGAACGGUGGAGACAGCAGAGACGAGUGGAGUUGCAGAGUGAAGGGAAGGAUAUUAGGAGUAGGAGGACAAGUCCUAGUGUAAGGAGAUAUGGUAGAUUUGACGAGGUAGAUGCUCUUGGGUAUCUUGACGCCAUUGAAAAAGUAGGAAGAGAAACCAUCGUUGUUGUUUUCGUUUAUGAUCCUGAGUGUGACGUCUCUCAAGUAAUUAAUUCAGCACUCCUUCCCCUCGUCACCGCAAACCCUACCGUUCAUUUCGUCCGCGUCCAUUACGAAGAUGUCGAAUUUGAUAAUGCGGGUGUUCCGGCUAUUCUCGCCUAUAAGAAUCAAGGAGAUCUGUUCGCAAACCUUACGUAUAUCAUUGAUCAGAUUCCUGACGAUACGAUCUUUGAUACGAAUGCUUUGAAGGAUGUUUUGGUUAGACAUCAGAUUCUUUGA